CGCCUCCGCCCAGCCCGCCCGGCCCCCGGCAGCCCUCCCGCGGCUCCCGACAACUUUUGAGGCGGGGGAGCGCUCUCGCAGCCUCACUCUGCUCACUUCCCCGGCCCCGCGCGGCCCCCGCCGCCCGCUGCCCGCUGCCCUCGCCCCGCGGCAGCCCCGCGCCCGCCCCGCGCGCCGGGCAUGUGAGCGCGGGCGGGCGCCGUCACCAUGGCCUCACCGCGCGCCUCGCGGUGGCCGCCGCUGCUCCUACUGCUGUUGCUGCCGCUGUUGCUGCUGCCGCCGGCGGCCCCCGGGACGCGGGACCCGCCGCCUUCCCCGGUCCGCCGCGCGCCCCUCGCGGGCGCGGGGCUGGAGCUGCAGCUGGAGCGCCGCCCGGAGCGCGAGCCGCCGCCGCCGCCGCCGCCCACGCCGCCCCGGGAGCGCCGCGGGCCCGCGACCCCCGGCCCCAGCCACAGGGCACCGGAGCCGGGCGCCGCGACACAGCGGGGACCCUCCGGCCGGGCCCCCAGAGGCGGGAGCGCGGAUGCUGCCUGGAAACACUGGCCGGAAAGUAACACUGAGUCCCACAUAGAAAACAUCACCUUCUAUCAGAAUCAAGAGGACUUUUCAACAGUGUCCUCCAAAGAGGACGUGAUGGUUCAGACCUCCGGGAAGAGCUAUGCUGCUUCGGAUGCUCCAGAAAACCUCACUCUACUUGCUGAAACAGCAGAUGCUAGAGGAAGGAAUGGCUCUUCAAGUAGAACAGACUUCACCAAUUUGCCUGUUGGGUACUCGCUAGAGAUAGAAACAGCUCUGACUUCCCAGAGUAGCACCUUAGCCUCGGAAAGUCUUCACCUGCCAUCCAGCAGUUCAGAGUUCGAUGAAAGAAUUGCCCCUUUUCAAACAAAGAGUGGAACAACCUCGGAGAUGGGAACAGAGAGGUUGAUGGGACUGUCAGAAGAAGUGACUGUACACAGCCAAGGGGCCACCACUUCGGCUUGGAGCCCAUCCUCUUUUCCUGCUUUGGAGAUGGGAGAGCUGACCAUGCCCUCUAGGAAGAGAAAUUCCUCAGGACCAGAUCUCUCCUGGCUGCAUUUCUACAGGACAGCAGCUUCCUCUCCUCUCUCAGACCAUUCCUCAUCUUCUGAAAGUACAGAGAAGCUUAACAGCUCCACUGACCUCCAGAGCUCCUCAGUCCGUCAGACAAAGACAAUGCACGUUGCCACAGUGUUCACUGAUGGUGGCCCGAGAACACUCCGAUCUUUGACGGUCAGUCUGGGACCUGUGAGCAAGACAGAAGGCUUCCCCAAGGACUCCAAAAUUGCCACGACUUCAGCUUCAGUCCAUCUUUCACCCUCUGCAGUGGAAUUGAGAAGAAACAGUAGAGUAACUGGGAAUCCAGGGGAUGGGGAAUUCAUUGAACCAUCUACAGAAAAUGAAUUUGGACUUACAUCUUUGCAUUGGCAAAAUGAUUCCCCAACCUUUGGAAAACAUCAGCUUGCCAGCAGCUCUGAGGUGCAAAAUGGAAGUCCCAUGUCUCAGACCGAGACUGUGUCUAGGUCAGUCGCACCCACAAGAGGUAGAGUGAGCACUGAACACUGGCUCUUGACCAAUAGCACAACAUCUGCAGAUGUGACAGGAAGCUCUGCUUCAUACCCUGAAGGUGUGAAUGCAUCAGUGUUGACCCAGAUCUCAGACUCUACUGUACAGUCUGGAGGAAGUCACACAGCGUUGGGAGAUAGGAAUUAUUCAGAGUCUUCAUCUACAUCUUCCUCGGAAAGCUUGAAUUCAUCAGCACCACGUGGAGAACGUUCGACCUUGGAAGACAGCCAAGAGCUGGGCCAAGCGCUUGGUGACAGUUCCGCCAAUGCAGAGGACAGGACUUCUGGGGUGCCCUCUCUUGGCACCCACACCUUGGCUACUGUAACUGGAAAUGGGGAACGCACACUGCGGUCUAUCACCCUCACCAACACCAGCAUGAGCAUGACUUCUGGGGAAGCGGGCAGCCAUGCAGCGACCAUGCCCCAAGAAACAGAGAGCGCCUCUCUGCACGUGAACGUGACGGACGACAUGGGCCUGGUCUCACGGUCACUGGCUGCCUCCAGUGCCCUAGGAGUCACUGGGAUUAGCUACGGUCAAGUGAGUGGCACAGCUACUGAACAAAGGACUUCCAGUGACCACACAGACCACACCUACCUGUCAUCUACUUUCACCAAAGGAGAACGGGCAUUACUGUCCAUUACAGAUAACAGUUCAUCCUCAGACGUCGUGGAGAGCUCAACUUCUUAUAUUAAGAUCUCAAACUCUUCACAUUCAGACUAUUCCUCCUUUUCUCAUGCUCAGACUGAGAGAAGUAACAUCUCAUCCUAUGACGGGGAAUAUGCUCAGCCUUCUACUGAGUCGCCAGUUCUGCAUACAUCCAACCUUCCAUCCUACACACCCACCAUUAAUAUGCCAAACACUUCGGUUGUCCUGGACACUGAUGCUGAGUUUGUUAGUGACUCCUCCUCCUCUUCCUCCCCCUCCUCCUCUUCCUCCUCCUCCUCCUCCUCAUCUUCUUCUUCUUCAGGACCUCCUUUGCCUCUGCCCUCUGUGUCACAAUCCCACCAUUUAUUUUCAUCAAUUUUACCAUCAACUGUGGCCUCUGUGCAUCUACUAAAGUCUACCUCUGAUGCAUUCACACCAUUGUCUUCCUCACCAUCACCUUUACCAGUAUCCUUAACAACAUCUACAUCUGCCCCACUUUCUGUCUCACAAACAACCUUACCACAGUCAUCUUCUACCCCAGUCCUGCCCAGGGUAACGGAGACUCCUGUGACUUCAGUUCAGACAUCAACAAUGACAUCAUUUAUGACAAUGCUCCAUAGUAGUCAAACUGCAGACCUUAAGAACCAGAGCACCCCACACCAAGAGAAAGUCAUUACAGAAUCAAAGUCACCAAGCCUGGUGUCUCUGCCCACAGAGUCCACCAAAGCUAUAACAACGAGCUCUCCUUUGCCUCCAUCCUUAACAGAGUCCUCCACAGAGCAAACCCUUCCAGCCACAAGCACCAACUUAGCACAAAUGUCUCCAGCUUUCACCACCACCAUUCUGAAGACCUCUCAUCCUCUUAUGACCACUCCUGGCACCCUGUCAAGCACAGCAUCUCUGGUCACUGGUCCUACAGCCGUACAGACUACAGCUGGAAAACAGCUCUCGCUGACCCAUCCUGAAAUUCUAGUUCCUCAAAUCUCAGCAGAAGGUGGCAUCAGCACAGAAAGGAACCAAGUGAAUGUAGAUGCUACCACUGGAUUGAUCCCUCUGACCAGUAUACCCACAUCAGCAAAAGAAUUGACCACAAAACUUGGCGUUACAGCAGAGUACAGCCCAGCUUCACAUUCCCUCAGAACAUCUCCUUCUCCCCAAACCACAGUUGUUUCCACGGCUGAAGCCUUGGCUCCCAAAUCUGCCACCUUUGCUGUUCAGAGCAGCACACGGUCACCAACAACACUGUCCUCUUCAGCCUCAGUCAACAGCUGUGCCACGAACCCUUGUCUUCAUGAUGGCGAAUGCAUCGCAGACAACACCAGCCGUGGCUACCACUGCAGGUGCCCGCCUUCCUGGCAAGGGGAUGAUUGCAGUGUAGAUGUGGAUGAAUGCCUGUCAAACCCCUGCCCAUCCACGGCCACAUGCAACAAUACUCAGGGAUCCUUUAUCUGCAAAUGCCUGGUUGGGUACCAGUUGGAAAAAGGGAUAUGCAAUUUGGUUAGAACCUUUGUGACGGAGUUUAAAUUAAAGAGAACUUUUCUUAAUACUACUGUGGAAAAACAUUCAGACCUACAAGAAGUUGAAAAUGAGAUCACCAAAACGUUAAAUAUGUGUUUUUCAGCGUUACCUAGUUACAUCCGAUCUACAGUUCACGCCUCUAGGGAGUCCAGCGCGGUGGUGAUCUCACUGCAAACAACCUUUUCCCUGGCCUCCAAUGUGACGCUGUUUGACCUGGCUGAUAGGAUGCAGAAAUGCGUCAACUCCUGCAAGUCCUCUGCCGAGGUCUGCCAGCUCUUGGGAUCUCAGAGGCGGAUCUUCAGAGCGGGCAGCUUGUGUAAGCGGAAGAGUCCCGAAUGUGACAAAGACACCUCCAUCUGCACUGACCUGGAUGGCGUUGCCCUGUGCCAGUGCAAGUCGGGAUACUUUCAGUUCAACAAGAUGGACCACUCCUGCCGUGCAUGUGAAGAUGGAUAUAGGCUUGAAAAUGAAACCUGCAUGAGUUGCCCAUUUGGCCUUGGUGGUCUCAACUGUGGAAACCCCUAUCAGCUUAUCACUGUGGUGAUCGCAGCUGCCGGAGGUGGGCUCCUGCUCAUCCUAGGCAUCGCACUGAUUGUUACCUGUUGCAGAAAGAAUAAAAACGACAUAAGCAAACUCAUCUUCAAAAGUGGAGAUUUCCAAAUGUCCCCAUAUGCUGAAUACCCCAAAAAUCCUCGCUCACAGGAAUGGGGCCGAGAAGCUAUUGAAAUGCAUGAGAAUGGAAGUACCAAAAACCUCCUCCAGAUGACGGAUGUGUACUACUCGCCCACAAGUGUAAGGAAUCCAGAACUUGAACGAAACGGACUCUACCCGGCCUACACUGGACUGCCAGGAUCACGGCAUUCUUGCAUUUUCCCCGGACAGUAUAACCCGUCUUUCAUCAGUGAUGAAAGCAGAAGAAGAGACUACUUUUAAGUCCAGGAGAGAGAGGGACUCAUUGCUCUGAGCCAGUCGCCUGGGACCUCUGACUCAGAGGACCGCACCAGGAGGCUGCGCCCAGGAUUUGUCGGAGCCACGCUGAGUGGCAAGCAGGAAGAGGGACAGGCAUGCGGGGCGUGACCACAGUGGAGGGGACAGGUGGAUGUGGAACCACAGGCUGCUCAUUUGGCACCUUUGUUGUUACUGUGAACGUGAAUGUGGGCCAGUAUCAAGAGAGUCUCUCUGAGUGACUGCACCAUGGCACUGGCACCAGGGCGACUAUUAGCCAGGGCAGACCACUAGACAUCAGUGCAGGGACCUGGUUUUCCCUUCAUUUGCACUUUAGUAAAUUGGGUGGGAGGUUUCCUUUUGGAUCUGUUUCAAGACUGUUCCAGAAAGAAGGCUUCCUUUCCUGAGACACUUCCAUAGGCAGCAAUUUGGUGAUUCAUUUGCAGCAAAAUACUGGCUUGUUAAUUAUUUUCCUGCCCAGCGCCUGUGUGCUAAACAACAGAUGAGGAUGAGCGUACCACUAAAGUCUGAAGAUGUCGCCGUUGAAUGGACAGUGUUUUCAUAUGUUUCUAGGUUGUCUUAUGCUACAGUUUCCAAGCCAACCCCCACAAUGAGGAAAUGUGUGAGGCACAGCACACAAUUGCAAUGUGUUUUUUUAAGUCAAGGUGACACAUUUAUUUAAGAUUUUUUUUUAAUCUCUUUGCAGUUAAAUCUCACUUUUUCAAACAAGCCUGGAUCAGGCAAAACAAAUUACAUUUGGUUUCAGCUGGAGGCUCCGCAGGCCGAUUACAGGCAGGGGGGCAUUUUUCAUCCAUGAGGGUCCAGCCUGGGGCCUGGGACUCUGACCACCAUCGUGGAGGCCAGAGGCAGCUGCGUAAGGAGGAGAAAUGUCAAACUGAAUGCAGGUUUCACCACUCUACGAAAGUAGCUUAAUGAGCGCCUGCAGCUGGAUGUGUUUAGAGGGAUGGGCUGAAUAGGCAGGUUAGAUUUCCUGCAUCGACAGUGCUUUGGAAAGCUGCGUGGAUUCCUGAGGAAGAACAGGGAGCCGAGAUGGAGCCACAUGUGAGUUUGCUCACCUGCUACUGCAGCACUUUGUAUGCAGAAUCUCAUCCACAAACCCCAUGUAAACUUUCAACCACUCAAAGCUGUUUAUUCGGCUGAAGAAAUAACUUUUUUUUUCUUACCCAGUCAUUUGUACCUCUUUAUAUGGCUAUGUCGCACUCUCCAGAAAUGUGGUUAUACUUCCAGUCAGUGUGGGAGAACUGAAGACUUCCGGUCGGUCGAGGAACUGAGGGUUGACCUUCCGGAAGGAAGUUCCACUCGUCUUAUUUAUUAUGCCUGUGACGUGGGUCCUGCCAGGGAGACAUCCAGUACUCGGUGUCUUUAAUUACCACCUGUGGAACUGUUUAUUGGCCUGCUUUGGGGCAUCCUGGUUUUGGAUGAAGUGAAGGGAUACAGAGGUAAAAGAAUUGUCUCCACCCUGAAGUGGGGAGCGCCGCAGCACACACAUUUCUGGAAAUGGUGCAGCCACUGGGACAGUUCUGCCCCGGGCAUGGUGGUUUCUUCAAGGUCCUCUAAAUAUAAUCCCUAUUCUCACAUAAUCCUUGGCCCUGAUGGUUUUAAGCAUGAACUCCAGUGUCCCGUGGUCUCCACCACUCACCAUCACCCUGCUGUAGCAAGAGCCCCAGUUAGGGGAGGUGCAUUUUAGUAGUUAAAUUGUACUCAUCCAUGAGACAAAUAAAAGGAGAACUGUUUUUAUCAGUGGAGGCUAACCUAAAAUUUCAAAGUAUUGCCUUUUUGAAAUCUUGGGCCUUGCCUCUCUCUGUAGAACCAAUGGCCCUUUGUGGCUCACGGCCUCGCACCUAACUGGAGAGCUCCGAGCUCCUGCAGCUCACCUGAGCCCACAGACUUGGCUUCUUGGCUCCUUCCGCAGCAUGCCUGCUCAUCCCCAGGACCCGCAGCUGUGGGAAGAGCCAUGCAGGGAGGCUAUUCCCAGGCACACACUUCUGCUGCCUUCAGCUGACAUCACAGCUGACAAAUCAUCUCUAUUGGAGCCAGAAGCCGCCAGCUCCACAAAAUGAAGUGUUCUGUCCCAAAAGCAUUCUUGGGAAGAAUCCCAACAUCCAGAAAACGGUGUCCUGUGAGUUCCAAGAAUGCUGCUUCUUCAUGGGUUUCUUCCGUAUGGAGUGGAUUAUUUAUUUUGUUGUUGUUUUAACUGAGAAAAAAAGGAGGCACCCACAAGGUUGAGUUCACACUGUCUCCACAGUUUCCAGGAGGCGUGUGGGGGCGGGGAAGGCACCUCCAGGGCAUGAGGCUCUAAGGGGACAUGAAUAAAGCAUGGCUGUGAGCCUGUGAGGAAGGGAGGGCCAGCUGCACUCCUGCAUGGGGUUCCUAGCUACAGAAGGGUCCUGCCUAGGCCGAGGGGAAACACCCGGUAGCAGAAGAGGCCUGGAUGCACACUUGGCACACCAAGGCUCUCCGCCCAGACACUGCUCCAUGUCAGCCCCUGCAGCUGGGGUGUGUGAUUCACGUUCACAGAUGCCACAGUCCUGCAGCAAUGUCCCACAGCUGGGGGAAGGUGAGAGGAAGGGGCAAGUGAUGUGUAACAGCUCAAGAGAUGCUUAAACCUCUGUAGAGAAGAGCCGGGUGCAGGGCAUCUGUGUGUCCUGUCACACACUGCAGCAGGGAAGGGUGGCUGGCUGGCUCCCUGGCAUCAGUGGUUUGGUUUAAGCUCCAGAGGGUCUUAUUGCAUUGUCUUUUCCUCUGCCCCUUGAGCCAGCCCAAGGCCCUGGAGUCUGUGUCUUUAGGCAGAUGAACUGUCAUGCUCCUACCACGACCAGGCUCUGGGAAAGGCUCCAGCAUCCUCGAGAGGUGGGCAUGGAAGUGCCCAUUUCUCAGAUACAGAGACCUUCAGAGAGGAUACAUAGCUUGCCUUGUAGAAGCAGUACUGAAAUCCUUGUCUGCCUGACUCCCCCAGCUGCUCUGCCCACUGUAGCCCCUGCCUCACUAUCCUGGCACACCCAUCACCGUCCUGUGUACCUUAAAUAUCAAAGAGGGCAAGGGAGAAAGGGCUUUUAAAAUAAGUUUCUUUUAAGGAACCUUCAUAUUAUUUUUAAGGAGUAACCAAACUAAUGGUAUGAAAUUAAAAAAAAAAAAAUGCUGAAUACCCUUUUGAAAAUGUGCUUUCAGGUUGGCUUUUACAUAUCUUUCUUAGACACUUGUCAUUAAGAAAAUAGUGGCUGGCUUAUGCUCAGCAAGAAGCACACCGGCACGUGUCUUUGGUAUAGGAAGUGUAGGGCGAGGACCUGGGUUUCUGACAAGCGCAGUCAGACGUACACAUCCAUCUGAGAGCUGCUUGCCUUGUUCCCAUGGUAAGGCCAUAGCUCCCACAUACUGGGAGCAUAUUUUUGUGAACUGUUUUCAGAAUUGGGAACAUAUUCAGUGGAAUGUCUUAAACGCUGACACAUCUUCCUCCUUUGAGGGGAAGUAUAUUUUCAGAAGCAGCUAAGUCAUUUAGAGCCAAAAUUGCUGAUAGGUGGUUCAGUCAAGCUGGCUGAUGGCAUCUGAGGUCAAAAACUUCAAGAUGUGACGAUUGAGUUCUUGAAGAGGUAACUCUUAAAGUGGGCCCAAGGGAGAAGGCAGCAUCUUUGGACUCCUAGGCUGGAUGGCUAGCCAAGGUGUUGAAGGAUAACACCUAUUCAGAUGUGGAAGUUCCCAGAGCGGGCACCUUUGGGUCACCCACCUCGCGUGGCUUUUUGAUGCCUGUGUGAAACUGUGUUGCCCCCUGGUGAAAUACCCAGGUGUCCUGUAAGCCGAUUUAACUCUGCCUGAAGAAGAGGAGCUGUCCAGUCCAGUUGCCCUUGGCUAAGUUUAGCCUAACACACCCAAAACUAGGGUUUUGACCCAUAGUUCUAAAAAACACCAAUUUUGAGACUACAGCACUUCUUUGGAAAGAGGAAGAAUGCAAAGUUCAGUAUUUCAAUAUUUUGUAUUUUACUUGAAAUUACCCUUAGUAUCAUCUUUUUUUUCCUAUCUGAAAGCAUUUGUGUGGAUGAGAAGGGACAUUUCAUUUCCUCCCUUAACAAAGUGUCAUUCUGAGGUUCUCAUGUGUGUUUUUGGAAACAGAGAUACUGGUUUUGUAGAGUUUGCCUUUGGGUAUGUUUUCUUUUUUCUUUUUCUUAAAUCUCCAAGGAAGAGAACUGGUUAAAAUAGUAGGAACAUGAAAGUAUUAAAUGCCAAUUAAUUGUUGUAGUAAAGUAUCCUCAGUAGCAUUAUACUCCAUCAUAUCUGGUGUAAACUGCUCGCAGGAAACCCUGUGAAACCAAAGGGGACCAUUUAGGUCUAAAAAGAGACAGGUCUGAGACUGGGUCUGUCACCUAGGCAUUUUCAAAGGGGACAUUUUGAAGAAUUUGCAUAUUCUGAUUUUUAAAUUGCACUUAACCAUACUUCAUUACAGAUUUCUUGGGUAGGGAGGAUGGGAUAGGCCAGGGAUGGGAUGGAAUCAGUUCUGCCUGGGAAACUAAUCCGACUCAUUUACCUUUCUUUAUUAACCUUGCCCUGUCCUAAAAAGAGAAUGACUAUUUCAUCAUGAGUUGCUCUGAGUUUUGUGAAUGUUUGUGUUGGUGGAUUGAUGGUUAAAUGAAGCGUGUAGCUGGAAUAUGAACUUUUGGAGUUUUCAUGUUGUCCUGGAUUUCUCUUUGUAAACCUUUAAACCUUAGUCCCUGAUUGAUUGUGUUAAACCUAUUAUGAGAAUGUUAUUUAAAGUUGUAUUAUAAUUGCAACCUCCACUAAUUAUUCAGUACUGUAGCAGUAAAAUAUUAUUUGUAAGAAUUUGGUUAUUUUUAUACUUAUAUCCACUAUAAGUCUGGCGUUCUAGUCAGCAAAAUGAUGCAAUAAAAUUAAUAUCAUUUUCA